CUGUCAAUGAAGAUGUCAACAUGUCGCAGAAAACCGGGUUUAACCGUGCUUAACCGGGUUUAACCGGACAGUCGAUUUUAGCGGAAGAAUGGACACGUUCAGUAAGCUAAGCAGCAUGCUGCUGCACGUGCUAGAGACGAGGGAGCCUACAGUGGACCUGUUGGAGUCCUUUGUGGAUCAUUGGAAAUCAAUCACAAACUAUUACAUCAAGACGACAGAUGACAGUCGUCCUGUCAGACAGACAGACAUCCCCUGGUGUCUCGGACACAUGUUGGACAUCCUGGUGUACGAAGAGAAGCAACAGGUGGAGCACACAGGACCUUGUCUGGAGUAUCUGCUGGAACACAAACUGUUAGAGACUCUGUGCACUCUGGGUAAAGCUCAGUACCCCCCCGGUAUGGUCCAGCAGGUCUUCCUGUUCUUCUCUAAGUUCUUGUCUCAAAUCCAGAAGCCUUUGUUACAGCUGGUUAACGUCUACAGACCUGUGCAGAAGCUGAUUGGUCUGUGUGCACUUCCUGGUUCCCAGACUGAGAAGGAGGAAGCUCAGUUCUUAUUGGUUCUCUGCUCCAGAGUCAAACAGGAUCCGCCCACUCUCAGAUACGUCUUACAGAUUCUGGAUCAACCAGCAGCCGGGACAUCAGCUUCUGACCAAUCACAGCCCGGCACACAGCCGUCCAAUCACAGGACAGAGCCGCCCGCCGCAGAUAUAUACAUCGGAGGAGAGAAGAAGGAAAGGAGGAGAGCUGAAGGUCACAUCUGGAGCAUCUUCUUCAGCAUCAUCGAUACAGCGUUCUGA